UAAAUGAGCAGGGAUGUUAGUAAUAUGAUUCAAUAAAAUUAGAGAAUCAUGGGAUUUAUGAAGUGUCGAUACUCUGAAUUAAGCUUGAAUGACAUGUCCACUGGUUACCCCACCUGCGGUUACUGCGAAGAUCAUUCGUGGCACUUCUCAAGUUCUAAAAUUUUGGACCAAGUUAUUGUUAUAAUGUAUCUCCAUUUGAUCAAAAUAGAGUGCAAUUCGUAAAUUAGCACCAUCCAUUAUAUUUGACUCGACCAACCAUACCUGGUCAAGUGGUUAUGGUGUAGCGAUGAGGUUUGCCAGCUUGGUUUCCGACCGUUGAUUUCAAAUUAGUUGGGGGUAUAUAUAUCAUAUAUGUGUGAAUACAUGUAUAAUAUAUAAUGGUAGAACAAGUGAACAACCCAAAUAAUUCAUUAUUGGUUACAUCCAAUCCACAUGUAACACUUACACAUCAGGUUAACGUGCGCCCAUUCUCAUGAUGACAGCUUCAAAGAUAUUUAAUUUGUCAUUUAGAAGUUGCAGUGGUGGCUUAGCUAAUUGCACGGGUUAGGUCAACCUCUCAAGAAAAUGUCCUCUUGUCCUCACAUGGAUGCCCACUAACAACUUCUUAAAAAUAUUUUACUUUUUUUUUUUAUGUAAAAAGGCACAAGAGAUCUAAAAACAAAGACUACAUAUCUUUAUUUACGCGUAUAAAUGUAUCAAUUUGAAGAAUCUCUGUCCUCUUAGAGUGUUUAUCUGUGAUAUUAAUCAAUAACAAAAACCAAUCUUUGAAAAUGGAAGCAUCUUUGCUGCAAUUAAAACUCGGGUCCCUAGGCUCUGAGAAUGUACACAAUGUAAUAUUAUGUACUGUACCAUUUUAAGUUGAAAUUCACAAAAAUAAAUUUAUUAUACUCCAUUUCUUUAGCAUGAUGUUUUAUAUAUAUUCACCUUAGAAAUACCGCGUAAACUAAACCUGUAUUUGAACCAAGUCAAGAUCACAAUCCAUAAACUAAUCUACAUCAAUGAGCAACUGGGGAAAUAUUAUACCAGAAAGUGUGAACUUCGGAUGGAAAAACAAAGUCAAGAUCACAACACCAUAAAUUAAUCUACAUCAAUGAACAAUUGGGAAAAUAUUAAACCAGAAAGUACGAACUUAAAACGGCAAAACACGGUUAAGGUAGAUAAAAAAAUUUAAAAAAAAAAAAAUGGAGGUUGAAUUUCUGACAAACAUACCUGUCAUUGGCAUCUCUUCAUGAUACUUAAAUAAAAUGGAGUGAGUAAACCAUAAACUUUAUCUUUAUUCCAAAAGGACUCUUUCUUAGUCCCUUCUUGAAUAUAAAUAGGAAUCUUGUUCAAUCCAAAAAACCAAUGCAAUCUCUUCUCUGAAACUUACUUGUGCAUCCUAAUUUUGGAGCUCUUUCUUCCUCACAUUCCCACUUCGUGCCGAAAAUGUCAAUUCUGAGAACACUAGUGAGCUUGGCUGUUAUAGCCAUGCUCAACAAAGCCAUGGCUGCCAAUUACACGGUCGGAGCUCCCAACGGUGGAUGGGAUACAAGCAGUGACCUGCAAACAUGGGCAUCCUCUCAAUCAUUUGCAAUCGGAGAUAAUCUGAUUUUCGUGUACACCAUAAACCAUGAUGUGGUUGAAGUUACAAAGGCAAACUAUGACUCCUGCCAGAGCAGUAGCCCGGUUCAGAGUUACACGGGAGGCAACACAGUCAUCCCUCUGGCUUCUGCAGGGAAAAGAUACUUCAUCUGUGGAACGAGUGGGCAUUGUAGCCAAGGAAUGAAGGUUGAAAUCGACACGCUUGCAGCUUCUGCACCCCCACCGUCUUCUCCAGCAAGCCCUCCACCAUCAUCAAUUCCGCCAACUGCUUCACCGGCCACUCCUCCAGCUGCCUCACCACCAGCACACUCGCCACAUUCUGCACCCACAUUGCCUCCAGCAUCCAAAGUACCUGUUGGCAGUCCUAAAUCAUCCCUUGAUGUUCCUUCCACUGAAUCUCCUGCAAGCUCUCCCCCUCUAAGUGAUCCUUCACCGCCACCACCUCCCUCAUUGGCAAGCAAAGUCAAUAUCUUCACAGGGUUUACAGCAGGAGUGGGUCUUGUCACGAUGAUGCUGCUGACCCUUUAAGCAUUUGAACAAAAUUUCUCCAAGAAUUGUUAUGUUUCCGACUAUCUGUGAGCUGAUUUUCCUUCUGAUGCUUCUCCAUGUUCUCGCUGUUCAGCGCGUUUGAGAAACAGAUUCUCGUUAACAGCAUUCAUUUUAUCCAAUAAUAAAACACACAGUCGAGAAAAUCACAUCAAA